AUAACUUGAGAUCUGAGGGGUAUAGGGGAAUGGAAACCUAAAAGAGGUGAGAGCUGGAAGGGAUUUGGACUGAUUGUUUCUCUUGUAGAUGUUCUGAUGGGUUUUCCUUUGGAGAUGCUCCGAUUGGCACCUCUUGUGUAUGCUUUCGACUGUUUUUCAUCUUGUGGAUGCAUUCAAUCGGUUUUCCCUCGUAGAUGCUUUGGAUUUGGUUCGCCUUUGUAGUGUUGGGUUUUGUUCGAGGUUUCUGCCGGAAGUGUUGUCUGGUUCGUACAUGUUUACGAAUUUUUAUAGUGAUUCUAGCUUUGAUGGAGUUCGAAUUUCACCGCAUGUUCUUCUGGAGGUUUUGGGUGGUGUUUCCGUGAUGACAAGUUCAAUGGGAUUGUGCGUUACCUGUUUGUCUAAAUGUUAGAUAGAGCUGCCUAUUAUGUUUUUUUUGUUCUUUGGGCGUUUUUGGAUUCGGUUUGAGGAAUUUCUAUGAGAAUUGAGAGUUGAAAUUGUGACUCUGUGGGUAUUUUUGUUUUGAAACCUUUGCGAAUUUCAUACGGUUUAAUUCCUCUGCUGCAUGAUAUGGUGUACAGGUUUCGAUACAGUGAAUUUUAGUUUAGAAGAUCUGCACUACUACUGGUUCAUGUUUUUUUUAUAAAGUGGUAGGAAGAUCUUCAUUGGCCUAUUUGAGGAGGUGUUCUGGUGUUGAUUAUGAGAUUUAACAGCAUUAAUAACAAGUUUCUUUUCUUUCUUGAAGAUUUAUUAUUGUUUGGAUUUCUUGGUGUGGUUACGGUUUGAUGCGAACCUUUAGAAUGAAUUGUUAUUUCUGCAAAUUUCACUUAGUGGAUAAACUUGAAUUGAUUACAGGUAAUUGAUAAUUUCUAUGAUUAUUGACUUUCCUUUCCUUAAAUAUUUAGACUCGUACUGUAAGUUAGUUGUUAAUUGUCUAUUAUUGCCAUAUAUUUGUUCCCUCAAUUUAUAUGGGUUUUAUAUACCUGCUUACCUCUUUAUUUUGUUAUAUGCAGAUUGAGUAUGACAAUUUGACAUGUUUAUUGAAGAUUAAUGAAAUUGGAUUUAUGUUACAAAUAUGUUGUGGUUACAUAUAAAUAUGGUAAACGGAUCUGUUACAGAAUUUGAUGGAGUUAAUGUUAUGUCUCUGAUAUAUAUAUAGGUAGAUUAAGUUUUAUGUGGCUAGAUGGUUGAAUAUGUGCAUAUGGGGUAGCAGUACGGGAUGGGUGACCCGGGAUGAGCUCCGGGGAGGGCCCAUCCAAAUUUGACUGAUACUGGAAUUUAUGUUAGCUUCGGCUAUAUGACUGCAUGUUCUCUAGGAGGUACCUCUAGGAUCAUGGGACUGGAUUGACUGGCUCUAAUUGUGGUUACCGGAUAUGUGACAUAUUCAUCUUAUUGAGCUGUGUAGGAACUUUAUUUACCGCAUUUUCCUUCUCUAUUAUGCAACCCUUUUAAAUAUGUUUUUAUCGUUUAACUCCUAUCUCUACUACUUUUUGGAUAUCAUGUUCCAUCACAUGAGAUUAUACUUGCUGGGUUGUAGACUCAUGAUGCCUACAUUACAGGUGAGGACGUGUCUCCGGACACGGCGGAGGGCCUACGGACGGAGUAGGCGAGGAGGCGAGAUGGACGCAUGGCGUUGUCCGGAUAUUAGGAGUGCUGAGUUUAGGUGCUUCACGGGAAGGGUCCUUGCUUCGGAGAGGUCAAGGGUUUUUGAACGGAAUUUUAUUUGUCAUACCUUGUGAGAGAUGUUGAUUUUUACUUUCGAUAAAACAGAAUGUUUGAUUUGGUAUCGUGUCAUAAGUAUAAGCUUGGUUUGUGUUUGGUGGGUGAUGCACUCUAUAAAAAAAUAAAAAAAAAAAAAAAAAAAAUUGAGGGUUGGUUACGGGAUGUUUCAGUUGGUAUCAGAGCCACACUCCUAAGGGACAUCAUGCGUCAGCCAUCUCGUCAGGAACUCGACUACUCCAGUCAACAAGUUAUGGCUGGGAGAAGGAACAACAAUAACGGAGAGAUGGGUGGUCAGAACAACCAGUUCCUAGAAGGACUUACAGCACUCCUACAUGAGCAGAACCGUAUUCAUGGGGAACAAAUUCAACAAAUACUGCAGGCUAGGGAGCAGGGCAGCACGCCCAGACGUUCAGCACCUAGCACGCAACCGGUCUACAAGCAGUUUCGGGAGCUUGGACCGACGGAGUUUAAAGGCACCACGGACCCGAUCGCUGCAGAGGGAUGGAUUCGGUCUUUAGAGACGAUAUUUGACUUCAUGCAGCUCACAGAUGCGGACAGAAUCAGGUGUGCGAUAUUCAUGCUCCGGGAUGAUGCUCGAGUAUGGUGGGAGGGUGCGCGACUGACCGUAGAUCUGGCUACUUUGACUUGGACUGAUUUCAAGGAGGUAUUCUAUGGAAAGUAUUUCACAGUUGACAACAGGACACGGCUGGCACGGGAAUUCUUGGAGCUUCGCCAGGGAGAUUUGUCAGUGGCGGAGUAUGUCAGGAGGUUCGAGAGAGGGCGCUAUUUUGUACCUAUGAUUACUAGCUAACCAGUCGAGGAGCUGAAGCACUUUACAGAAGGUUUGAGGCCGGCUAUUCGCCAUGAUGUCAGGCUGAGUCGGGUCACCACAUUCCGAGAAGCCGUUGACCAGGCACUGAUGUCCGAAAGAGACAGAAAUGACUUGAUCAAGGAAGCUCAGAACAAGAGACUGAGUUAUCAAGGACGGGAUCAGCAGGAGCCGGGGAAGAAGAAGACAAUUCCUGGUCAGAAUUCAGGA